AUGUACCGACGAGCACUGGCAAGCAGAGAGAAGACACUUGGGCCAGAUCAUCCAGAUACCUUACGGAGCGUGGACAGCCUAGGUGCAGCACUAUCCAACCAGGGAAAACACAGCGAAGCGGAGAUUGCGUAUCGAUAUGCAUUGGCCAGCAGAGAGAAAACAUUUAGGCUUGAUAAUCCAAAUAUCUUGCGGAGUGUGAAUGGCUCAGGCGCAGCGCUGCACAACUAAGGGAAGCACGGCGAGGCGGAGAUUAUGUAUCGGCGCGCAGUUGCAGAGGGAGGGAAGGCGCUAGAGCCAAGUCAUCGGAUGACUCUAAAAAGUGCUAACUGCCUGGUAGUGUUUCUCCGGGCCUUGGAAUGAAGAUCCUCGGACAGAGCAUCUCAACUGAGAUAGAGGAUUUAUAUUUACACGAGGAGGGGGGGCGAGGAUAUUUUGGCCAUCCUGUUAUUUCUCUUUUUUUUUAGACUCUUUAUAUUGCUUUCUCUUUUGCAGACUUUCAGCAACUAUGGGUCCUGGGAUGCUUUUUUAUCAUCCGGUGCCAUUUUGGUAUAAGGUGUGGGUGCCGGUUUUGUAUUCUGGGUUCCGAAUGGUCGGCGGAAGACUGGACUGGACCAGCUAGUCAGGUCGGAAGUCAAGUCUAGUCUAAUGGUGGAAAUUAGACCGACUAGACGGUCAGGAUUAUUGGACCUGACUAGGCUAGCACUGGUCUGACCAGGCCUGCCAAGCAACAGGAUAUGCACGGCCCAUUGACCGAAUUAGCAUCCUAUUUUGCUUUUUACUAUCUUUAUCGCAGUUCCCUACGUUCAAAUAAAUAUUUUCUUGAUUAAA